AAGUGUGAGAGGCUGGAGGCAGAGGCUUGAGUGUUUGCGGGCGCGCGCGCUUCCGGUCCUUCCAUCGACGUCGGCUGGAUGCAAAGGGCUCCUGGACAGGCUCUCCCGCCUCUGCCUUACACAUUCCUCCAACUUAGAGGCCUUCUGUCUCAGCUCGGCUUGUUGUAGGCUGGGACGCCAUGAGCAACAAAGAAGGAUCAGGAGGGUUCAGGAAAAGGAAGCAUGACAAUUUCCCACAUAACCAGAGAAGAGAAGGGAAGGAUGUUAAUUCAUCUUCACCUGUGAUGUUGGCCUUCAAAUCAUUUCAGCAGGAACUUGAUGCAAGACAUGAUAAACAUGAGAGACUUGUAAAACUUAGUCGGGAUAUAACUGUAGAAAGUAAGAGGACAAUUUUUCUGCUCCAUAGGAUUACAAGUGCUCCUGACACAGAAGACAUCCUGGCCGAGUCAGAAACGAAGCUGGAUGGUGUCCGACAGAAGAUACUGCAGGUGGCCCAGGAGCUGUCGGGAGAGGACCUGCACCAGUUCCACAGGGCCAUUACUACGGGACUGCAGGAAUAUGUGGAAGCCGUCUCUUUUCAACACUUCAUCAAAACACGAUCACUUAUCAGCAUGGAUGAAAUUAAUAAACAGUUGAUAUUUACAACAGAAGACAGUGGGAAGGAAAACAAGACUCCCUCAUCUGACGCUCUGGGUAAGCAGUUGGACUCCUGGAGCCUGAAAAUCACGCCCGUCGAUUACCUGCUGGGAGUGGCCGACCUAACUGGGGAGCUGAUGCGCAUGUGCAUCAACAGCGUGGGCAAUGGGGACAUCGACACCCCCUUCGAAGUGAGCCAGUUCUUACGUCAGGUGUAUGACGGCUUUUCCUUCAUCGGCAAUACUGGACCUUACGAGGUUUCUAAGAAACUGUACACCUUGAAACAGAGUCUGGCCAAAGUGGAGAAUGCUUGUUAUGCUUUGAAAGUCAGAGGUUCAGAGAUUCCAAAGCAUAUGCUGGCAGAUGUCUUUUCCGUGAAGACAGAAAUGAUUGAUCAAGAAGAGGGUAUUUCUUAGAGGGACAUUACUCAGUUAUUCUCCUAAGAGAGGCCAGUUUGUAAGACUGUUAUUUAGUAUUUCAUUUGACUUUAUUGUGGCUUUUACACAGGAAAAUUUCAGUUUCACUUGUUUUGAAUUAUAUACAACUUGUAUAUAAAAUGACUGAAAUGAAUCAUUUUCUAUGUCUUACUCAUGAAAGUCAACAUAUAUGUUUGUAGAACUUUCAACAUCUGUAGAAAGUUGGCUACAGAUGUUUGCAUAUAUGCCUAUUUGAAUUCUUGCUGGCUGAAUUUCAUCACUGUCAUGUGAACAUGCUUCAGAGCACUUUCUGCCGUAUCUGUUCUGAUAGACUUCGUGUGAGUGUUUGAGUGCCGAUAGUUAGCGGGAGCCAUUUGGAACUGAAGUUGGUAGUUUUGUUAUAUGUGCAAAGGUUUCUUAGUUCUGCAUCUGCACUUCAGCUUUUUGUUUAAAUUUCUUGGUAAUACUGUGUCAAGCCUCCAAAAUAGGCUUAGUCCAUAGAGCAGAAUUAAAAAUGACUAAGUUAUUGGUAUACCUGAAUUUUAUGUGGCAUUGUGGUAGAAAUUGACAUUAUCAUCUGGCUAAUUUAGGCCAUUUUGAAUCUGUUGGGAACAGCCUUCCAGAAAAGUGGACAAAGAUCCAAAGGUUAGUUUCUACAUUUAACUUUGGUUCUUUAUCACAGAAAGUCUGACAGAGAAUUUGAGCUAAUACUGUAAUAUUUCCACUGCUGUUUGAACUAUAUACUUGUACAUAACUAAAAAGCUUUCAGUAAUGAUUAUUUAGUAAUUUUUUGGUUGUCUUUUAGUAACAUUAGGCAUGUUUAGAGACUUUUCCUGUUCUAGCAUCUAUAAGAAAUUACAUUUAAUUACUUUUAAUGAAGUUUUGGAAUUUUUGAAAUACUAAAUCCAAACCUUUAUAGUUGUCCAGUUGUAUUUGUUGAUAGUAUAAAAAGUUGCCAAAGAAAAUUUCUCCUGUACAGUUCAGCAAUAAGACAAACGUCGGUGCAGCUGGGAAUAACAGUGGGUCUCUAGCUGCGGUCGGCAUCAGAUUCGCCUCUGAAAUUAGUUACAGUUUAUUCCCUGUGGUGUGGAACUGACCUGAGCAGACAUUUUCAUUUGGUUUUGUGACUUUUGAGAAUUUAGAGACUGCAUUUUAUUUUUGGAAAUAUUAGUUGCUCUGUUUUUAAGAGCUAAUUCUUUGAAAGUGUAAUUUCCCCCUAAAAAAUUACCUGGAGAAAAAAAAUAGGCAUGCCUAAUAAAAUAGGUCGUUUGUA